AUGACAAUACCAUCCAAUUUUUAUGAGCCGGUGUCCAUCCCCGUGCUGGGCGGUGACACGAGCAAGCCGGUCUUCAUCUUUGAACUGGGCGGUGACACCAGCAUACGGGUCUCCAUCCACGUGCUGGGCGGUAACACCAGCAAGCUGGUUCCCAUCCUCUUGAUGAGUGGUAACACCAGCAUGCCGGUCUCCAUCCCCGGGCUGGGCGGUGAAAACAGCAAGCUGGUUUCCAUCUCCGAGCUGGGCGGUGACACCAGCAAGCUGGUUUCCAUCUCCGAGCUGGGCGGUGACACGAGCAAGCCGGUCUUCAUCCUCGAGCUGGGCGGUAACACCAGCAAGCCGGUGUCCAUCCCCGGGCUGGGCGGUUCCACGAACAAGCCGGUCUUCAUCCUCGAGCUGGGCGGUGACGCCAGCAAGCCGGUCUCCAUCCCCGGGCUGGGUGGUUACACCAGCAUACCGGUUUCCAUCCCCGGGCUGGGCGGUUACACCAGCAUACCGGUUUCUAUCCCCGUGCUGGACGGUGACCCGAGCAAGCCGGUCUUAAUCCUCGAGCUGGGCGGUGACACCAGCAAGCCGGUCUCAAUUCCGGGGCUGGGCGAUUACACCAGCAUACCGGUCUCCAUCCACGAGCUGGGCAGUGACACCCGCAUGCAGGUCUCCUUCCCCGGACUUGGCGGUUACACAAGCAAGCCGGUCUCCAUCCUCGAGCAAGGCGGUGACACUAGCAUACCGGUCUCCAUCCCCGUGGUUAGCGGAGACUCCAGCAAGUCGGUCUCCAUCCACGAGCUGGGCGGUGACACCUGCAUGCAGGUCUCCUUCCAUGGACUUGACGGUUACACAAGCAAGCCGGUCUCCAUCCCCGUGGUGGGCGGUUACACAAGCAAGCCGGUGUCCAUCCCCGUGGUGGGUGGUGACACCAGCAAGCCGGUCUCCAUCCACGUGCUGGGCGGUGACUCCAGCAAGCCGCUCUCCAUCCCCGUGUUGGGCGGUUACACAAGCAAGCCGGUCUCCAUCCCCGUGGUGGGCGGUGACACCAGCAAGCCGGUCUCCAACCCCGAGCUGGGCGGUGACACCAGCAUACCGCUGGGCGCUGUCACCAGCAAGCCGGUCUUCAUCCGCGGGUUUGGUCGUGACACCAGCAAGCCAGUCUCUUACCCUGAGCUGGGCGGUGAGACCAGCAAGCUCGUGUUCAUCCCCGUGCUGGGCGGUGACACCAGCAAGCCAGUCUCCAUCCACGAGCUGGGCGGUGACACCAGCAAGCCGGUCUCCAUCCCCGGGCUGGGCGGUGAAAACAGCAAGCCGGUCUCCAUCACCGGGCUGGGUGGUGACACCCGCAAGCCGGCCUCCAACCCCGAGCUUGGCGGUGACACCAGCAAGCCGGUCUCCAUCCCCGGGCUGGGCGGUGAAAACAGCAAGCCGGUCUCCAUCCCCGGGCUGGGUGGUGACACCCGCAAGCCGGCCUCCAUCCCCGGGCAGGGCGGUGACAGCAACAAGCCGGUCUCUAUCUCCGAGCUGUACUGUGACACCAGCAAGCCGGUCUCCAUCCCCGGGCUGGGCGGUGACACCAGCAAGCCGGUCUCCAUCCCCGGGCUGGGCGGUGACACCAGCAAGCCGGUUUGCAUCCCCGGGCUGGGCGGUGACACCAGCAUACCGGUCUCCAUCCUAGAGCUGGGCGGUGACGCUAGCAAACCGGUCUCCAUCCACGUGCUGGGCGGUAACACCAGCAUGCCGGUCUCCAUCCCCGGGCUGGGCGGUGACACCAGCAUACCGGUCUCUAUCCUAGAGCUGGGCGGUGACGCUAGCAAGCCGGUCUCCAUCCACGUGCUGGGUGGUAACACGAGCAAGCCGGUCUCCAUCCACGUGUUGGGCGGUAACACCAGCAAGCCGGUCUCACUCCCCUUGAUUAGCGGUAACACCAGCAUGCCAGUCUCCAUCCCCGGGCUGGGCGGUUACAUGAACAAGCCGGUCUCCAUCCUCGAGCUGGGCGGUGACGCCAGCAUGCCGGUCUCCAUCCUCGAGCUGGGCGGUGACACCAGCAAGCCGGUCUCCAUCCUCGAGCUGGGCGGUGACACCAGCAAGCCGGUCUCCAUCCGCGGGCUGGGAGGUUACAACAGCAAGCCGGUCUCCAUCCACGUGCUGGACGGUGACACCAGCAAGCCGGUCUCCAUCCACGUGCUGGACGGUAACACCAGCAAGCCGGUCUCCAUCCCCGGGCUGGGCGGUGACACCAGCAAGCCGGUCUCCAUCCCCGGGCUGGGCGGUUACACGAACAAGCCGGUCUUCAUCCUCGAGCUGGGCGGUGACGCCAGCAAGCCGGUCUCCAUCCCCGGGCUGGGCGGUGACACCAGCAAGCCGGUCUCCAUCCACGUGCUGGGCGGUGACACCAGCAAGCCGGUCUCCAUCCUCGUGCUGGGCGGUGACACCCGCAAGCCGGUCUCCAUCCACGUGCUGGGCGGUGACACCAGCAAGCCGGUCUCCAUCCACGUGCUGGGCGGUGACACCAGCAAGCCGGUCUCCAUCCCCAGGCUGGGCGGUGAGACCAGCAUACCGGUCUCCAUCCCCGGGCUGGGCGGUUACACGAACAAGCCGGUCUUCAUCCUCGAGCUGGGCGGUGACGCCAGCAAGCCAGUCUCUAUCCCCGGGCUGGGCGGUGACACCAGCAAGCCGGUCCCCAUCCCCGGGCUGGGCGGUUACACGAACAAGCCGGUCUUCAUCCUCGAGCUGGGCGGUGACGCCAGCAAGCCGGUCUCCAUCCACGUGCUGAGCGGUAACACCAGCAUGCCAGUCUCCAUUCCCGGGCUUGGCGGUUACACGAACAAGCCGGUCUUCAUCCUCGAGCUGGGCGGUGACGCCAGCAAGCCGGUCUCCAUCCUCGAGCUGGGCGGUGACACCAGCAAGCCGGUCUCCAUCCACGUGCUGGGCGGUAACACCAGCAUUCCGGUCCCCAUCCUCUUGAUGAGCGGUAAAACCAGAAUUCCGGUCUCCAUCCCCGGGCUGGGCGGUGACACCAGCAAGCCGGUCUCCAUCCUCUUGAUGAGCGGUAAUACCAGAAUUCCGGUCUCCAUCCCCGGGCUGGGCGGUGACACCAGCAUUCCGGUCCCCAUCCUCUUGAUGAGCGGUAAUACCAGAAUUCCGGUCUCCAUCCCCGGGCUUUGCGGUGACACCAGCAAGCCGGUCUCCAUCCCCGGACUAGGCGGUGACACCAGCAAGCUCGUGUUCAUCCCCGUGCUGGGCGGUGACACCAGAAAGCCGGUCUCCAUCCACGAGCUGGGCGGUGACACCAGCAAGUCGGUCUCCAUUCUCGGGCUGGGCGGUGAAAACAGCAAGUCGGUCUCCAUCCCCGGGCUGGGUGGUGACACCCGCAAGCCGGCCUCCAUCCCCGGGCUGAGCGGUGACAGCAACAAGCCGGUCUCUAUCUCCGAGCUGUGCUGUGACACCAGCAAGCCGGUCUCCAUCGCCGGGCUGGGCGGUAAAAACAGCAAGCCGGUCUCCAUCCCCGGGCUGGGUGGUGACACCCGCAAGCCGGCCUCCAUCCCCGUGGUGGGCGGUGACAGCAACAAGCUGGUCUCUAUCUCCGAGCUGUGCUGUGACACCAGCAAGCCGGUCUACAUUCCCUAG